ACAGCAGACAGCAGACUGCCCUCGCUGUCUGCUGGAACGGUCCCGCGUCCCGCAGGCAUUGUCGCGAGUGCCAAGAUUCCGUGGACAAAAUAAUGGCCGAAGCAGGAGACGGGAAUUUCUCCAACUCCCAACCUAAAUGUAGCCCAACUGCAAUUACUGAUGCUCCCAUUACAGAUCCGGGAUCGUCCAUAAAGAAUAUAGAAGGAUCGAAUGCCUUUGUUGGGCAAAGAAAGUUGGAGAGCAAGUCGGCCGCCGCACUCAAGAAGUCAAGUCGGUACCGCAGUCGCUCCCUCUCCGCCUCGUCCACCGACUCGUACAGCUCCGCAUCCUACACGGGCAGCUCUUCCGAUGAAGACGAUGUCUCACCGAGAGAAAAACUGCAGAAGAAUUCCAAGGAAUUCUCUGACUUCUGCGUCAAGAAUAUCAGCCAGCAUGCAUUCGGCCGAAGGGAAAUUGAGAUUGCAGAGCAAGAAAUGCCAGGAAUCAUGGCCUUGCGAAGAAGAGCAGGAGAUGACAAGCCUUUAAAGUCAGCUAAAAUCGUGGGAUGUACCCACAUCAAUGCUCAAACUGCUGUGCUUGUGGAAACUUUAGUGGAGCUUGGGGCCCAAGUUAGAUGGGCAGCGUGCAACAUCUAUUCUACUCAGAAUGAAGUUGCUGCUGCUCUUGCUGAAGCAGGAUAUCCUGUGUUUGCAUGGCGUGGAGAAACAGAGGAGGAUUUUUGGUGGUGCAUAGACAAAUGUGUCAAUGCAGAGGGCUGGCAACCCAAUAUGAUCUUGGAUGAUGGAGGGGAUGCCACUCACCUGAUGCUCAAAAAAUAUCCUGCUAUGUUUAAGAUGAUUAAAGGUAUUGUUGAGGAGAGCGUAACAGGGGUUCAUCGUCUGUAUCAACUGUCUAAGGCUGGAAAGCUCUCAGUGCCUGCCAUGAAUGUUAAUGAUUCAGUCACCAAGACCAAAUUUGACAAUCUUUACAGCUGUAGGGAGUCAAUCAUCGAUAGCUUGAAGAGAACUACUGACAUGAUGUUUGGAGGCAAACAAGUGGUUCUAUGUGGAUAUGGUGAAGUUGGAAAAGGAUGCUGUCAAGCGUUGAAGGGUCUUGGUUGUGUUGUAUACGUCACUGAGAUCGAUCCAAUUUGCGCCAUACAGGCAUGCAUGGAUGGUUUCCGUGUAGUGAAGCUAAAUGAAGUGGUGCGCAAUGUUGACAUAGUUGUGACAGCAACUGGGAACAAAAAUGUAGUGACAAGGGAACACAUGGAUAAAAUGAAAAGUGGAUGUGUGAUUUGCAAUAUGGGGCACUCCAACACUGAAAUUGAUGUUAAUAGCCUUCGUACUCCUGAUCUUACUUGGGAAAAGGUUCGAUCUCAAGUAGAUCAUGUUAUUUGGCCAGAUGGAAAACGUAUUGUCUUGUUAGCAGAAGGAAGACUGGUGAAUCUAAGUUGCUCUAGCUUACCUUCUUUUGUUGUUUCAAUCACUGCUGCUACCCAAGCUCUGGCUUUGAUAGAACUCUUCAAUGCUCCUCAUGGACGUUAUAAAUCUGACGUUUAUCUAUUGCCUAAAAAAAUGGAUGAGUAUGUUGCAAGUCUACAUCUUCCAACAUUUGAUGCCCACUUAACGGAGCUCUCAGAUGAACAAGCUAAAUAUAUGGGGCUCAACAAGGCUGGUCCAUUCAAACCAAACUAUUACAGAUACUGACAGUACGAAGAUUCCGACAAAACCAUGAACACUCAAAAUCAACAGGGCUAAAAAUACCUAUUGCUUCAGAUUUGCAGUGUUCUGUGUUUAGCAUUAGGCUUUUCCAUGUCAUGAUGUACUGGCAAAGUAGUGUAAAAUGUGUUCUGAUUAUGUUGGUUGUUGGUCAUUAGGUCUGUAAAAGCUUUUUAAUAGACUUUUUAAAACGAUCAAUUAUUGAUACAAACAUGACGGUGAUAAAGAAAGGCUUUUAGAUACAUUUUUGACAGGAAACCUAACUGUGUUUCAUAAAAUUGAUGUGUUUUGAAUAAAUUGUUAAUUUGUGGGAACGCAAUUGGUGUUGUAGAAGCUAGUAUGACAUAUUCUGGGCUUGCUUUGUGUAGGAAAAAAUAACAGUGACAUAUUUUGAUCCCUAGCACUGCAUUUAUUGAUUAAGUAAACACAUGUGAGCGUGUUCACCUAGAAGUGAUCAGAAUUAAGGUAGCAAAUUUUAGUAAGGCAAAUUAAAUUUAUGUUGUAAAAGAGUAAUUUUCAGUAUUUUAAGAAUUUUGUGCCUGCCAAUUUGUCAGGGUGAAAGGAUCAAUUGCAAUUUGCUCAGAGAAAAUGAGUAUCUGGUUGGCCUACUUUUUGUUUUAUAUUGCACUGACGACUGAUAGAGCCGAAAAAGAAAAAAAAAAGAAAAAUAUUGUGCCAGUGUUUUCAAUGGUACUACGCAUUAAAAAUGUUUUAUUUUAGGUGAGUUUGAGGAGUGAUCUAUUAGGAUGGUGUGUGGGCCUAGGCAGGUGUUCACAAACCUACACCCGAAUCAUAACUAAGACAAAUCCAAUGAAACAUCUGACGACCGGAUGUGGUUAUCAGUAGAGACUGUAUAAUUUUUUUCAAUUUGUCUCUUUCUUUAUUAUUAUUUAAAUAAUUUUUCAUUAUUCAGUGAAGCAAAGUUGUGGGCUUUUAUUUGGAAUGUUGAACACUAUCAGUGGUCUUAAAUUAUGGUUUUUCAAGGGACUCUGGCCUUUUAAAAUUCAUUUUUAUUUUAAUGGAAGUGUUGUUGAACAUUAUUAUGUUAAAUUUUGUGUUGAUGAGUGAGACCAAAGGAAAGAUUUCUGUUUUACCAACUAUAUCAGAUCAGAUCAAGGGACCUGUAAUGCAUUUUAAGAGCCAGAUUCAUUCCUUUAAAAACUUCCAUUGGAUGUCUCCCACCUGUUGACUUAGGAAUCAGCAUUUCAGAAUUUAUUUUGUAACUUUGUUUCUUUUGCAUCAUGUUUUUAUACCUAGGCAUUCCAUGUCAUUGUAACCAGUAUUUAAACCAGAAAGUGUGAUUUGAAUGUGCUUUUUAGGCACCUCUCUUUCUUUGUGCAUCACAUUUUUAUAAUAGUUGUUCCUAUCACACAGUGUUGCCAUCCAUUUUUUUCUUUUUAAGUAUUUCAUUGUGAUACUAGAUAUUUCACAAACUGACCGGUGCUUAGUAUUCUUGUUUGCUGCCUUUAUUAUCAAUUUUAUUGACUAAUUUGCAUAUUUCAACGUAGAAUGUGAUACUAGUAACAAGGUAGUAAGGUGAGUUGAAUUAUUUUCUGUCAUCUACUACACAGUUUUUCAGUAACCAACUCUCUAGGAGCCAGGAGCUGUGUAGUUUACAACUGUACUGUAGUAAGAGUGUGCCACCCAUUUUGGGAAAUAUUAUGCUUUUGUAGUCUCUUAAUCUAUUGUUUUGUGGGCAAUUCUGUACUUAAUCUAGUGUUUGUAUUUAAACUGAGUACUGUUCUUUUGUCUUGUUUUAUGAGUGUGCAUGUCUUGUGGUACUCUCCCUACUACCAUCUAUCCUUCCUCCUCCUACUCCUCAUGACUACGACUGUAACUUUUUGUGGAAAGUAUUUUUUUCUUGUCAGCGUUUUCAAAAUUGUUACUUGCUCUGGUGUGAGAGUGGUUAUCACCAUUGGCAGCUUCUCUAGAUACUGGAAGUACAUAAGGUUUACUUAUCCUCAGACAUAAGUGCCACAGCGCUCCUAUGUUGUCCAAGUUGGCUGUGUCUGUGAUACUGUAACUAUGCAGAUCUCUGCUAAGUUUACUGAAACUCAGAGGGACCUCAAUAAUUUACAAAAAUGUUAUCUUUACAACCUGUCACUUGUAUGAAUGAAUUCAGUAAUGCAAUGAGUGUGAGACAUUUUUCCUAUUACUCUGGAGCUGAAAGUAUCCAUAAUGACAAUAGAAUUGAAAUCCAUCCCAUGGAAAUUGUUGAUGUUUCUAUUAAUUGUUAUAUAAUGAACUCUUAAAUUUAAAAGGUACUCCUCAUAGGCUUAUUAGUACACGAAUUAUUGCAAACAAUGCCAGCAGGGUAAAUGGCUUAUAACUUUUAUGUGAUGUUAUAAUACAGUAUAAUAUGAUUUAGGUUGCUGCUCAGAUGCUUGGGGUUUGGCCCACCAAGUUGAAAUUAUAAUUAAGAUAAAAGUUAAUCAUGUGUUUACAAAAUCUGACAACAAAUUGAAUGUUUAUGUUACUUGUUAACAAAUUGCUCGACAGUUGGAAAAGAUUUUUGGAAAAAGUAUGUAUGCAAUUGUAUAUCAAGGAAUUUUCCUUGGGGUAGGUGGUAGGUAAGUAAGCAAACUGUCUAGUGGUUAGAAAAUUGUCAGUGAGCGUAUGAUAAAGCAUAUUCAAACGGAGGCAGUUUCCUAGGAUACAUAAUGAGUCCAGCGAUUGCUCUAAUAAGUUUCCAGUAGGGUGGAUAGAAUUGUGCUUCUAUACAGCUGCGGCUGAAACUUACAGGCUGUAUUCGAUGUUGCUGACAAUUGCGUGUUUUUCUCCUGGAAUGUCUUUAUUUUAAUAACGAAACUUGAUGUGCACAUUGUUUUUGUUCUUCAGAAGUUCAGGGUUUUACUUUUAAAAGAACGGGGAAACUUGAUACCUGAUUUACAUUCACACAGGCUAAGCUGAAUUUUAUAAACAAGGCAAAAAUUAUUCAUGCCUUUGUCAAUCUUGCCUUUGAUCACAUUAACUUUUAAGAUGUUAGUUUUAUCUUUUGGGCUGUGUUGACUGCAGUAUCUUAUCAGCCCAUAAAUGUUUGUUAAAUUACAGAUACUGUUUAUAUUGUUAAUUGAAGCAAGGUACUCUCUUCUAUAUUGGUACCCUCUGCAGCUACACAAGUGCAAGCUGUAAAUUUUUGAAUUGUUGACAAAAUAAACAUUUGAACAUA